AUGGUGCUGAAUUCGCAGCGACCGUCACUCAAGCGUUGGGCUAGCUUUAUGAUUUCACCACGUCGUUGCUUGAAGCGCCAACGGGUUGCAGUGGACUGCAGCUACCAAUUUGUCACUUGGGACAAGGACCAGUCGGACAGAGCCUCGGUGGGCUCUCCAAGAUCCUUGCAAUUUGCGUUACCUGACCUCUCUAGCCGUGACACGCUACGGGUGUUGCAUGCUAUGCAUUCGAUUCCUAGUGAGCUGCGUCACCUUAACGGCAGCGCUAGUCGCAAUCACCUUCGACGACGCUGCAAAGUGCGGCAAGUGUUUGGGUGGCGUCACCUGCUCUGUCAGGAAGAAGAGGACGAGCAAUUAGCUCGUCGUGUUGUGUGGAAGAGUGCUAAGGCGCUCGACUCGCUGAGGAUGCGGCCGCUUGCCCGCCAGAUCUGGCGAUCGAGCACAGAAACCUCUGGUGGGUUGCCCAAUGAAGAGACGGGAGAAGUGUUGUACACUGUCAACAAGAUCGCCCGGGUAGUUCGGUCCUCUAAGAAACUGUACGGUAGCCGUCGUCGCAGUCGCGACCAGGUCUGGCUGGAGUGUUAUCUGGAUGGCGGACUGCAAGUCUGCGUGGCUCGCAAAGAACUCCGCCAGUUCAGCCAGUAUCACGCGCCUGAGACAUCGACCACCGAGUGCCAAGGGUUCCUGGUGCGUCCAGUAUACACAAAAGCAGUCAAGUCGCGGCUGGCUGGCUGCUCCCUGCAAUGCCUUCGAGCUGUCGAUCCAGGUGAUUGUGGCAUCCAAUCCGCCCAAGCUUUGAAGCAACAAUUGAUCGACGAUCUCCCGCAGCUCACACUGCAGUGCGAAGAAAAUUAUCUCUACGACCUGGUGCAGACGCCGCAAGUCCUGCUUGACAGCGUUUUUGCCAACGACUGCAUGCCAUCAUAA